UUAAACAACUAAGUGUAGGGCACACAAUAAGCCAAUUUAAUAGUUAUAGUGCUUUAAUCUAAAAAAUAAGGGAAGGGAGUACUUAAAUCCUAUAAAACCAAUUUAAAUAACAGUCGGCAACAGGUGGUUUUUGGUCUCCAAAGGAAUACACGUGCUCAAAAACGUGUGGGUUUUGUUUACUUUUGAUUGACUUAAAUUGCAAUCAAUUAAGACAAUAUGAUACGCAAGGUGCCGCUAAUUGUGAUCCUGGGCUCCACGGGCACCGGCAAGACGAAGCUUUCCCUGGAGCUGGCCGAACGCUUCGGUGGCGAGAUAAUCAGCGCCGAUUCCAUGCAGGUGUAUACGCACCUGGACAUUGCCACCGCCAAGGCCACCAAGAAGGAGCAGUCCCGAGCUCGACACCACCUGCUGGACGUGGCCACUCCAGCGGAACCCUUUACCGUCACCCACUUUCGCAACGCCGCUCUGCCGAUUGUGGAACGGCUGCUGGCCAAGGAUACUCCUCCAAUUGUAGUGGGCGGCACCAACUACUACAUAGAAUCCCUGCUUUGGGAUGUCCUUGUGGACUCGCAGGAUGAGGGCACCUCUCCCGCAGAGCAGCACCUAAAACAGCCUGAUCUAGAUGCCAUGUCCACCCUGGACUUACAUAAUCACCUGGCCCAGAUAGACGCCGGUAGUGCCAACCGCAUUCACCCCAACAAUCGGCGCAAGAUCCUCAGAGCCAUCGAAGUCUAUCAGGGGUCGGGGCAGACUCUAACCGAAAAAUUGGCGAAGCAGCGAGCCCAGCCGGGGGGAAACCGUCUGGGAGGACCCCUGCGCUAUCCACACGUCAUACUCCUAUGGCUGCGGUGCCAGCAGGAAGUACUAAAUGCCCGCCUGGACAGCCGGGUGGAUGGAAUGCUGGCCCAAGGACUCCUCCCCGAGCUGCGGCAGUUCCAUAAUGCGCACCAAACCACGACAGUCCAGGCCUACACCUCGGGUGUCCUACAGACCAUUGGCUACAAGGAGUUUGUGCCCUACUUGCUUAAACAUGACUCAAACCAGGAUGAAAAGAUAGAGGAGUACCUCCGCAGUCAUAGCUACAAGCUGCCAAGUCAAGAAGAACUUAAGGAUGGGGGCCCAGAUGUUCCAGAUGGCUUGGAUCUCCUCCGCAAUUGCUGCGAGGAACUCAAGUUGGUCACGCGUCGCUACUCCAAAAAGCAGCUCAAGUGGAUCAACAAUCGGUUUCUGGCCAGCAAGGAUCGUCAAGUGCCGGAUCUCUAUGAACUGGACACCAGUGAUGUGACUGCCUGGCCGGAGGCAGUGUAUCAGCGGGCAGAGUCGAUCAUCGAGAGCUAUCGCAGGGAUGAGGAAUGCGGGUUGAAGCCCAUGCCCAAGAGGGAGCAUCCCGGAGCGGAUUUGAAUGAGGAGACUAGCCACUUUUGCUCGACUUGCGAGAGGCAUUUCAUCGGCGAAUACCAAUGGGGACUGCAUCUUAAGUCAAAUAAGCAUAAACGUAGGAAGGAGGGGCAGCGCAAGAGGGAGAAGCUAUCAACGGAUCAACUUGUUGCAAAGAAACAGAAGGCGGAGGAGGCUCAGCUACCCCCCAGCCAAGUCAAAGAUACUGAUAAGGCAUUGUAAACCCAGACAACAACGCUUGGCAAUAAAUGAACCUACGUAAAUUUGA